CAGGGUACCAAAGAGAAAAAAUGUGAAGAACAACUGUCAACAAGCUUGCCCAAGCAAUGCAAGAAGAAAGCCAAGGCAGGAUCAGUUGUUGAAGGUGAUAAAAAGGACAAAGAUAGUAAGAACAAACAACCCAAAAUGGAUAUAUAUAUUGAAACAGUUCUUAGCGACUCUGGUAACAAUGUUGAAGAAUCAGCAAUUCAGGAUGAGGGAACACACAGUGGUAGUGUCAUCUUACAAGCCAUCGUUGAUUGCGCUGUGUCGGAGACACUUGGUAUGCAAACCUUUGAAAGCACCAUAAUUGACGGGGAAGCAUACGAGUUGCCAAAUGCAACUGAGGAAUCACAAACAGAUAGUAAUCUUUUGGCAAAUCAAGGCAUCGCAAAAGACAACACAAAGAAUACAAAAGGUAAAAGGAAAGAAAAAGUCACAAAUGAGGAUGAAGAGAUGUUGAUACCUAUUGAUACAGGAAUGGUUGUUGAAGUUUUUGAAAAUGAAGAAGGUGUGGAAAGUACAUCAAUACCUGUGAAUACUCCCGAAAAAGCACCUGGUUAUGGAUAUAUGUCAUAUGCUCAUAAUUUUGGAGUUGAUGCUGAAAUGGACAAUAAGGAAAGUGAAGCAAUCGCUAAUUUAACGGGAGAUGAACAAGAUAAGGAUAAGUCAAACAAAAUUGAAACAGCAUCACAACCACAGUAUACUGUGCAGUCAGGUUACAGUCCAAAAUCCCACCCUCAUACUCCAAAGACUCCAGCAACAAAAAAUUCUCUUGCUGAUGUUUCAGAAUCAGUGAUAAAGAAAUCUAAAAAGCCAUCUGUAGGAGAAAAUGAAAUAAUGUCAUUGCCUGUAACAUCUAUCCAAUCAAAACCUAGUGCCACAAAAACCAAGACAAAAUCAAAGAAUGUCGUUUCUACAAAAGCACAAAAAAAGACUAGUGCUACAUUAAAAGCAAACUCAAAAAUUGAAAGGUCAUCACCUAAAAAAACUGAAAAGUCGUCACCUAAAAAGAAUCAAUCAAGUACUGUUAAUGCGGAACCUGUCACCAGCACUAAAGAAGGCACAAAUAAAGAACCAAAAAAAGUAGCAAGAAAAAAAACAUCUAAGACGCGCAAAACUAAAAUUGAUAGAAUUAACAAAGUAAUGGCUGCAUUAAACAAUUCGUCAGUGAAUAGUGCAGAUAACACAACAGAACAUCUUGAAAACAACCUUUCUCCUACCAAAGAUAAAACCAAGAAAAAGAAAAAAUCUCGAUCAAAAGAUAAGGAAAGAAAAGAUAAGGACAAGAAGAAGAAACGAAAACAUAAAAAUUCCAAAGAUAAACAUGAGUUAAAUGGCAGCAAAAAAAAAAAAAAGAAAGCAAAGAGAAACAAAGGUGGAAGUCCUGUGAAGACUGACCCCGUAUUAGAAUCUCUUGAAAGCCCACAUCAUCAUCAUCACCAUAAACCAAAGAAAAAGGCUCGGAAAGAUAAAGGAAAGCAUCGCAAAAAGUCCACAGAACUAUCUCCUAUAGAUAGCAGUGUAUGGGAUAAAUUAAAAAUUAAGAAGUUAUCAGAAAAAAAACCAGAAUCAUUCAUACAAGCUAAAAAACAUGAUUCAAAAACAAAGCAUUCUACUACUGCAAAGAAGAGACCUUUAGAAAAAUUAUAUGAUGUUGAUGUUGCCUCUCAUACACCUAAACUAAAAACAGUUGGUCGAAAACCUCUAAAGAAUAAGCAAAAUUCAAGAAAGGAUAGUACAGCUUGUAUGACAAAAAGUAAUGAAUGUUUGACACAUGUUAAGGACACAUCUGCCAAUGAAAACAGGCAAACAAAAGAGAGUAAUUUGAAAUGUAAAAUUGUUAAAGAACAAAGUGUUAAUAUUUCCACACCUUUGCAUAUAGAUAUUCCAGAAGAUAGGCCUGUUCAAUACACGAAAAGUGUUGGAAGAGGUCGUGGCAGAGGAAGAAGGAAAUAUGGAUCAUCCAGGAUAUUGGCAGUCAAGAAACCCUGUAAACAAACACCAGAUACAGGGAAGAAUGUGAAGGUACUUGAAGAGAGAGAGAUCACAACCAAACACCCUGCACAGAAAGAACUUCAAGAAGAUACAGACCUAACCAUCAAACAUUCUGCACAGAUUGUACUUGAAGAAGGGAAGGAUGUGACAGUAAAACCCUCUGCACAAUUAACAGAUAUAAUUGAAAAAGAUAAUGCAGAACAACUUCAAAAUUUUGGUUCUGAAGAAUUAACUCAGAAGAAAAACCCUUCUGAUGAUACUGAAAAAGAUAAAAGCAAAGAGCAGACACCAUCGCCUCAGAGUGCUACCACAUGUAUGAGUGAAGAGGCAUUGUUUAGCGACAGUGGUAUUGGGACUGACAAUAAUAGUAAUGCUGAUCAUCAAGCCACUGACAAAUCUAGAAAAAAUAAUGAUGUUGAAAUUGCCCCAGGUGUGAUGUCCUCACAUCCACUAGCAACAUCUGCUCAUGGACUUUAUGGUUAUGGAAAGAAAGAGAAAAUUAAAAAACAAAUGAAUUGGCCAGUGACCUUGGGUCGAAGAAAACGAAAGAAACAUCGGUUAAUACGGCCACCAACAAGAAUUACGCCAGAGUUUAUAUUUGAAUUAGAUGCAUUGAUUUUGCAAUUGAGGGCUCUUAGACUCGAGGAUCCUGAACAGAUGGAUGAAAGUUCCUUGUCAAUGGCAGGGAAAAAAAAUCACCUGUCAUCAUUAGUAAAAUUAACAACUGGAUUCAGUACUAUGCUUCGACCAUCUUAUCUGGGAACUGUGAUGAAUAUACAUUCAGAUAAAUUGAGACAUAAGAAAAAGAAGAAGGAUAAGCAUAGAAAAAGGGAAUCAAGGGAGAUCACUGGGGAUGGAGUAAAGCAGGUCUCUCCUGUAUCACAUAAAUCUGGAGAACCAAGUGAAUAUGGAGAAAUAUGUCCAUUAAAAACCACAGAAGAAUCUAAAAAAAGUGAUGUUGAACCACUGAAAGAAAGUAUGUCUGAGGAUUCAUAUGAUAAGCAAGGUACAGAAGAGUCUACUGAUGAGGUGAGGGUUACAGAAACUAAAGAAUCUGUGGAGCCUUUAGCAGAAGAUAAGAGUUUAGAAUCUUCAGGUUUUGAAGAAUCCAUAAUCGAGGUUGAGCAAUCAAACAGUGAGAAACCAUUAAUACCUGUAGAAUCCAAACCAAGUACACAACCUCAAAAAGUUUUGUGUAAGUUGCCAAUUGUUCAAAAAUCAAGUAGAAGAAGAAGAAGAAAAAGAGGAAAAGGGAGAGGAUUUACACGAAGGAAGAUGAGAGGAACUUACCAGAGCAAGAAGCUUCAAAUGUUGAUGAAGGAAAAUAAUGUAUAUACCGUUUUAAAUGAUAAUGCAAUAAAUCAAGGAAACCAAGAAACAGAAAAAGUCUCAGUUGAUAAUGAAUUUGAUGAUGGAGAUUUUCAAGAUGCAGUUGAAGAGUGUCAUAAUGACAAUCCUACAAACGAAAUGAUUAGCAAUGUUGUGUCAUCAACAGGUGCUAAAGAAAAUAAUGAUGAAAGUUCAGUUGAUAUUGACCCUCGGGAGAAUUUAAACAAACAAUCGUUAGAGAAAUCCUUAUAUAAACAAAGUAAGCAUGUUGAUAAAACUGAAACCUUGGAUAUAUUCAAGACAAAUAUACAGGACAAACUCAAGAGAAAACCUGGAAGACCACGGCAAAAGAGGAGGAAACCAGGACGACCACGAAAAACUCUGGCCCCUGAAAUUGUUAAUCACACAGCAAAUAAGUGCAGUGAAGACUUUGUGACUGAGAAUAACAACAUUAACCAUGAGGUGAAUGUAGCAGACAGGAAUGUUUUUAUUGAGGAUGAACCUAAUAAAGAGUUAAAUCAACUUGAGGUUGAUGUUCCUAGGGAAACCAUAAUAAACAAAGAAACGGAAAGUGCUGUUAUUGUUGAGCAAGAGACAUUGUUUUUAAGAAGGUCCCCCAAUAUAAAUAUAUCUGAUGUUAGUGAACGUGUCGAGAGAGAAAAACCUUACGAAUCGGCAAACCCCGAUUUUGACAGUGUGAAGAGAAAAAUAGAUGCAGCAAUCAAAGCUUGUGUUGAUAAGAUAAAAAAUACCAAACGCUUUGAGAGUACAGUUUUCAAUGUAUCACAGGACACACAUCACAUUGAGGAACAAGUAGCGCCUAAAAGGAGAGGUGGGUUCCUCAGCCCAAUGCUUAAACCAAAAAUUCAAGAAGAAUUCAAACAGAAAAAAAAUACAAAUAUACCAAGAUUGAAAGCUGAACUUCUUUCACAACAUCUGAAUAAAAAACAUUUAUCAAAAUUAAAAAGAAGGAAGUCGCGGAAGCUAGUCACAUGUGCAAUAGAACGACAUUAUAAUAAACAGGGUAAUCAGUUAACAACUGUUUCUGAUGAAAGUAGGAUAGAAGAUCAAGAAUCUGAGAGUGCACCACUGCCAUUAGUUCUGACAUCAAUAAUGGAUGACAAUGGCAGUGAUGAAAUGGACCUUGUGGAAUCACUCUCCGAUGAAAGACAUUCCAUGACAUCAGCAGCUUUGAAGUCUGUUCAGAAAAAAGUUUUAAAAGGUGGGAAAGGUGAUAAACGAAAGGCAAUAUCAGAUAAUGUGGAUUCUAUGUUGCCUCUUAAAAAGAGAAAGUUGACACUAACUGUUAAAGAAGAUGGAACUGGUGCUUCAAGCGAAACCAAUUUGAAAAUUGUAAGUGUAGCUGUUGAUGAUGCAGAACUGAAAGAGACGAGCAUUCUGCCUGGAAUACAGAAUCUUAAAGGGUUUGAGAAAGGAAGUAAGGGAAGAAAAAGAAGAGCAGAGCAAAGACGACGUGAUGAUAAACCACCAAAGAAAAAGUACUGGAAAGCCGGAAUGUAUUCAAGUUCAUUCAAGGAAGAUGUAAUUCCAAAAAAAAGUGUGAAAUCUAAUGAAAAGAAGUUACUGGAUGAAACAAUUGAGAGACCAGCCUGUGGCUACCUUCCAAAGCCUAUUCAUGUAGGACGUUAUUUGCGAGAAGAAACACGGGAUUUUACAUUACCAUACGACCUCUGGUGGUUGUCCAUUCAUAAGAAGUUGCUGUCAAGACAAGAUACUCUUUCAUUUAAGAAAAUUAGGACAAACUUGCAUGUUGAUGUUAAGCCAACUUCUGGCUUAGAGCAUGUUCGCUGCAGUUGUAAGGUACCUCCCCCAAAUGAACCUGGAUGCGGGGAAGAUUGCAUCAAUAGGAUGACUUUCACGGAAUGUAACAUGAAUACCUGCCCUUGCGGUGAGCAGUGCAGCAACCAACAACUCCAGAGACACCAGUGGUGCCCAGACCUUGAGCGCUUCAUGACAGUUGAUAGAGGCUGGGGAAUCAUGAGUAAAACGAAGAUAAAACAGCAUAAGUUUAUCUUGGAGUAUGUUGGCGAGGUCAUUUCAGUUAAAGAGUUCCUAAAACGUGCAACAACAGAUUACCAACAUCGCAAACACCACUAUUGUCUGAACCUAGAUAGCAUGCAUGUGAUUGAUGGACAUCGGGCUGGCAACGAGGGACGCUUUGUCAACCACAGUUGUGAACCUAACUGCGAAAUGCAAAAAUGGUGUGUUCAAGGUGUGUACCGAAUUGGCUUGUUUGCUCUUCAAGAUAUUGCGGCCAAUGAGGAACUGACUUACGAUUAUAACUUUCACGCAUUUAGUUUAGAAGGCCAGCAAGUUUGUAAGUGCAAAAGCCCAUCUUGCCGUGGCUACAUUGGAGGGAGAGGACAAAAACCGAGUAACAACGGUAGCCUAAAGAAAAUUAUAAGCAAUAAAAGAGUUGGACGCCCUCCAAAAGAUAAGCGCAAAUCCAAAAACACACUGAAAAAACUACAUGACCAUUCAAUAGAGAGUACAUCGCUGGCAUGUCAGAGGCUUCAACUCCCCAAACCAAUGUCCAUGAGGGAAAUGAAGAUUAUUGUAGAGAGGCAGAUCUUGUUAAUAAGGAACAUAGAGAAAGUGAAACGAGUGAGGGAGCGUCUCCGCAAAGCUCACAUGGGCAACAAUGAGCCCUCUACACCAAAAGAAGAUGACAAAGAUGUAUUCAUGGCCCAAUUUCGAGCGUUGAACUCGUCCCGAUCAGUGAAGACGCGCCAUUUAGCAGCUGCAGAAGAGAACACGGAGGUUACCAUAGCAGCACGGUUAGCCCAAGUUUUCAAAGAUAUCUACACGGCGGUGUGUAUGUACAGGGAUGCUAGUGGGCAGUGCCUUGCCAUUCCAUUUAUGAACCUACCCUCCAAGAAAAGGAAUCGGGAUUACUACAACAGAAUAUCUGACCCGAUAGACUUAAGUACAAUUGAACGUAAAAUAGUGACUGGACAUUACAAGACAGUGGACAACUUUGACGAGGACUUCAAAAAACUCUUCAAAAAUGCAGAG